ACCCAAACCACAGCAAACCACCACCACCUCUCCCCUCCCUCCUGCUCCUCUCUUGACUGCUUCUAAUCAACAAGAAAACCUCAAAAGAACAUCCAUCAGCAACACCCACCAACCCCAAGCAUCUCCUCAUCACUUCAAAUACGUAAAUAGAUAUCAACCAUUCAACAAAAAAAAAACGAAAAAAACCAACCGCACAGCAUUGAUUGUCUCCCAAGAGAGAGCUUUCUGCUUUCUUGACCCUUCUACACGCAUAUACACAACUUGACCUGCUUCCCCCUGACCUCCUCCCCCCUAUAAAACAUUCUCACACACAAUCGUAUCCAUCGUUCGUAUUUUUCUGCUCGGACCAAGUAUUCGGGGCUGCAGUUCUUCUUAAUCUCGAGGAGCGAUGACUGAUGGAAUUAAGAUUCAUCGAAGACAUGGAUUUUAUGUUUUAGUAAUGGUGGUCGGAUGGGUAUUACCACCUGUGGCUGUCUUGCUCAGAUUCGGUUUCGGCACAGACUUCUUCUUAAAUAUCUUGCUUACUCUUUGCGGUUAUAUACCAGGACACGGUCAUAACUUUUAUCUCCAAAACAUUCGAAACAAUGAGAACCGAAAACGAACGCCCCAAUGGGCAACCAAGGCGGGACUAGUGAAAGAUCCCACGGCGAAACGGAAGGCGAAGACGCAAUGGGCGAACCGAUAUGAUGAGCGAACGCCGACGCGAGCGGAUGGAUACCAAGACGAUGACGAGCGACCGACGGCCUCUUCGAGGGAAGGAGGAGUGCCUCGGUCGGGGCUCCUAGAGCCGGAGAGCUUCAUGGACAGCUCCAGCUCGAUCACACGCGACGAACGCUCCCUCGAGAACGGCCACCAACCUCAGCGUCAUCCUGGCCACUUUUCCUCUCAAGAGGCGCGCGAUCUUGACCGGUUUCCUACCGACGAUCGUCGUCAUCUUCGCAAGAAAAAAUCCAUCGGCCAUCGUCAUACUCUCUCUAAUUUGGACAAUCCUUCCUCUACCUCUAGUAAUGGUUACGAGCCAUCCGGAAUCAGAGACCCUAAUCUAAACAGCUCGAAAAUCGUUCGAAGGCAAACUAGUCAAUCUAUUCGUAAUCAUCAUCAUCAUCAUCGUGACGAUCAUCGUCAUAAUCAUCAUCAACACAACGAAGAAGACCCUUACUUCAUUCGCAGAGCUUCCUCUAUCCAUGGUCAUCCUUCCUCUUCCUCAGCUUCUCACUCUAAAUUCGGGCCCUUAGGUUCCCCUACUUCUACGAAAUCCUUCUCUCAAAAACUCGGCUUCGGCUCGACCAAAAAGACCGAAAAGAAAAACAGGUUUGAUUUGACUAAUGAAGCUCGAAGUCAGUGGGAAAACUUACCCCACUCCACAAGACACUCUACUCCACACCCCAAACCACUGAACAAUAAUGAUCUCAAUAAUGAUGAUUGCUUGAACCAUCAAUUCUAA